GCGGUAGCGGUAGCAGCAGCAGCAAUUCCUUUUAUCUGUUUUAAUGGCACUUUCCCUUUUUCAAACCACAAUAAAGCUUACCCCAAUCUUCAAACCCCGCCCUUCCUCGUUUCGUCUCCUUUACCUCCGACCCCAAUCCAACCGACCCGACUUUCCCGACACCACCGAUCUUUCCUCCGACGCCGACCCCCACACCGAUCCGCUCCUUCAGAAACUCGAAGACGCCAUCCACCGGAUCAUUGUCCGCCGUUCAGCACCCGAUUGGCUUCCUUUCCUCCCCGGAUCUUCUUACUGGGUCCCCCCACCCACCGCUCAAUCUUAUGGCCUUACCCAGCUCAUUGAGAAGUUGGCCCCAGAGGAUCCCAUUUCCUCCUCCACCUCAACCACAGUCCGAGGUUGGCCCUCCUCCGACUAUUUCAUCAAAGGCGGAGCCCCACAUCCAGCAGAGGUGGACAUGGCUUCAAAUACUUCAAAAUCCGAGGAUGAGGAAGGAUGAAGCUUUCACUAAUAUGGGGUCUAGAAAGGGUGUAAGAACGCAUUCCUGAGAAACCUCAUAUUUCAGUCAGACCGGAGGAAUUGUACAGAUGCAGUGUAGUCUAGUGGAGUAUAAAUAAAUCGUUUCUAAAAUUUCACAGCUCAAAUGCAUCUCAUAUCAAGUGUGUUGUACUUCAUGUGAUUUAGCUUCGUUAUAUUUCAAUUUUUUUUCUAGUGUAAAUAAUCAAAUCUUAUGAAUACUGAUUGUAAAAUUUUAUCUUUAUGAUGUAUCA